CUUUCACUUUGGCGAAUUCGACGCCAGCUUCGCUCAGAAGGAAAGCGCCACAACCUCCUUCCUCCUCAGUUUUGCGAUUUUGGGAAUCUGCUCAGGGCUUCCUUUGCUGCAUUUUGCAUCCGCCAUUGUUGCUGCUAGUGCAGGGAAGUUUGUUGGAAAGCAGGGGGUGUCUGUUGAGAAGGAUGGCAACGUCAGUGGCUGCGCGUGUGGGCUCUGCAGGGGCUCUGACCCUGCAAUGCAGUGCCUCGAAGCAGACGGUUCUGUCCACCCCUUCUUCCUUUGUUCCUAGGUUCAGCAGAGAGCGCGUGCAGAUUGCCGCCCCUGCUGUUAGGAGGGUCAUCACAUUCGUGGCAGAGGCGAGGGAAGAGAGCAGGCGGUCAACAGAGGCUAAUGUUGGAGAGCGGUUGAAGAGCCUGGUUGACAGGAAGAUCAACCCUAUUGCCAUUGCAGCUGUGAACAUGCUGGUGGCCUGCCCCGCCCUUGCAGAGGAGAAGGGAAAGAUCUUUGAUUUUAACCUGACACUCCCAAUCAUAGCCGUUGAGUUCCUGCUCCUCAUGGUUGCGCUUGACAACAUCUGGUUCAAGCCGGUGUCGAAGGUCAUGGACGACCGUGAUGCGCUGAUUAGGAAUAAGUUGAUGUCCGUCAGGGACAACUCCUCAGAGUUGGAAGCUUUGGAGAAGGAGGCGCAGCAGAUCAUCAGGGCGGCCCGGGUUGAGAUCACGCAGCAGCAAAAUGAGCACAAGAAGAAGCUAGCAGAGAAAUUGGAUGCCGAGCUCCAAGAAAACAGGGCAAAGGUGGAGGCUGAGCUGGCCGCCGCCCUCGCUGACCUGGAGAAGCAAAAGGAGGAGACACUGGCCGGGCUCGAGUCACAGGUGCAGGCCCUUAGUGAAGAGAUCAUCAAGAAGGUUCUGCCCAUCCCUCUCCCAGCCAAGCGAUAGACAAUUGGGUCCAAUCACGCGGUGCGUUGCAAAGGCUCCGUCAAGGAGCACAUAUUGUAGUCCAGGGAUCCGCAGGCUCCCCUGUCAGGGAAACUGCUAAGUUUUCAGGAACAUUUGUGGUGGGUGAAUAGAGAGGGCGGGGACUGUGCUCAGCCAUGUGCGAACCUGUUGAUAUGAUACAUAAGUUUCAGGACGGCCUUGUCAACAUGGAACAGCAUUUCAGACUUGUCACACCAGGUGCUGCUAAUCUUCGUUGAGAUUCGUCAAUGACCUUACGUGAAAUCGCUCUCUCCUUGCAUUUGGUGGUUGAAACUGGAACAAGGCACACUCCUCCUCAUCACUUCGACUGGGAUUUGCGCGCGGC